AUGGAGCCGAUCCCGGAGCCGCCGGUGCCUGUGCCGCCGGUGAUCCCGCCGCACUACGUGCUGGAGAUUGAGAGGGUGGUGUCCGUGAAGCUGCCGUCCCGUGUGACGCAGGUGGCCGAGGCGCCGCGUGGGGCGUACAUGUUCUCGGCCCAAGCCGGCAAGCCCCCGACGCCACCGCCGACGGUACAGCCGCACGCGGUGUACCGCCCUGACACGGCUAACCUCGGCGCUCGCCAGUGGUCGCUGGGCACUGACUCGCGCAUUCAGCAGCCCGCGCAGCAGCAGCAACAGCAGCAACAACCGCAGCAGGGAUGGCCUGGAGCGGGUCAGAUGGAUUACUGGAACAGCUCCAGCGACCGUGCUCCGGCUUCGCGCCCGUUCAUGGGAUCCCAGUCGCAGGCUCCCUACAACUCCUACCCCACCACCGUGCCGCUUUCCCACCAGCGUCCGGCGAGUAACGCGUUCCCGAUGCGCUUCCGCGCCUCCGAGAUGCCGGAAUCCGUCCUGCGCCAGCAACCGUCUGCGCCCUUCAAUCGCUCUCCCCAGACCACCAACGGGGGCGGCGUUUGGUAA